UUGGCGAAAGUAAACAAAAACAAUACAGAAAGAAAGAGAAAAGUAGGCUAUUCGUAUUCGUGGAAAAAAUCUUUCUGUUGAAUGUUAUUACAUUCAUUCGCUUUUUGUGAUCGUUCAGUUCUCAGUUCUGAGUUCCGUCAAAUCGAAAUAAUUUCCAUUUAGUUAAUUUGUUCUUAGUUUACUUUUGCCGGUUUCAGCAAUCAGCAAAGCUCACUCUUCUCUAUAGUCUUCUAAUCAAAGUAAGUUCUUAGGUCCAAGUUAAGACCAUUGGCUAUGAACAUUGUUAGUUGAGCACACGAUAUAAAUUUAUUCAGAAUUAAGCUUAAAACUUUCAUCACUAUUUGAUUUUAGAGUCAAAAAUGCUGAAAACAUUGAUUAAAUUUGGUCUGAUUAAACACCAACAUGCAGCGGUAGCAACAGCUUACUACUCAUCAAAGAGUUGUCCUUCAAUUGCUGUGGUACUGGCUGGAUGUGGUGUGAAUGAUGGAACAGAAGUUCAUGAAGCCAGUGCCGUAUUGUCUCACAUCACUAGAAACAAGGCUGUUCCUCACAUGUUUGCACCUGAUGUACCUCAGUUUGAUGUAAUCAAUCAUUUGGAGUGCAAACAAGACACAACGCAUUGCCGAAAUGUGUUAGUAGAAUCAGCUCGCAUUGCAAGAGGACAAAUUCUUCCCUUAUCAGAGCUGGCAAAAAACUCUCAGAAGUACGAUGCUGUAGUCUUUCCUGGGGGUUUUGGAGCUGCUAAAAACCUGUCAGAUUUUGCCACCAAAGGACCAGACUGCACAGUGAUCCCAGAUGUAGAAACAGUGAUACAAGAGUUUCACAGGUGCCGAAAGCCCAUUGGACUAACCUGCAUUGCUCCUAUUUUGGCAGCCAGAGUCAUUUGUGGAGUGGCCAUUACUUUGGGACAAAACAGCUGCGAUGGAGAGAAAUGGCCAUACAGGGACGCUAUCAAGGCAGCAGAACAAAUGCAAGCAGUUGUGGAAAAUAAGGAUGUCAAUGAGACAACAUUUGACCGCAAAAACCUGGUAUUUUCCACUCCAGCUUACAUGUACGGGGUUGCCCAGUUUCAUGAGGUUGAUGAUGGCAUCGGGGGAAUGAUCAAAUAUAUGAUAUUGUCAAUUAAAGACGGAAAGUGACCUGAGAUAUGAGACUGAUCUUAAUAUAUUUUUGGAGGAAACUAUUGGCAAAUGUAUUUAGUUUAUGUAAAAGUGUUGUUUCUUAUUGUUUUGUUAAAUUGAAAAAUUGUUAUUAAAUAAAUUUUAUACAUGAAUUAACUUUUAAA